AUGAGUUUAUCUGUGAUCAGAGGGUUUCGAGGGAUUAGUAACCCUUUUAAAUUAUGCUCUUCCUCCAAGGAGAAAAGCAGUGCAGAGAGGAGUGAUGAUAGCCCAGCAUGGAGAUAUGUUGUUCUAUUUAUACGAAAGCACUUUAUUGUGGUGGUGCUAAUGGAAAUGAUUGUCUACGUAGACAAUCAUGUCAUCUGCAAAAGGAAGUUUUAUUCCUCCCCAAUCUACCUUUGUGACGAUAACCCACCAAACCUCCAGCACGCCACAUACAGAGCUCUCGAAUAUAAGACGGGCACGAUAUUAAAUUGCGGCUGUGAGAGAGGCUUCCGCAGACUAAGCAACUUCAUGCGUUGUGCAGGAAACUCUAGCCACGCUUCCUGGGAAAACAAAUGCCAAUGCAUAAGUACAUCCUUCAAGAGCACAGAAGGACAAGUUACUCCUAAACCCAAAGAACAGAAGGAAAUGCAGAGCCAAACGCCGCCCAUGGACCAAGGUAACCUUCCAGGUCACUGCAGGGAGCCUCCUUCCUGGGAACAUGAAGAUUCAAAGAGAAUCUACCACUUUGUGGUGGGGCAGACGGUUCGCUACCAGUGCGCGCAGGGAUUCAGGGCCCUGCGGAGAGGUUCUGACGAGAGCGUCUGCAAAACCAUCUCAGGAAAGACCCAGUGGACACAGCCCCAGCUCAAGUGCAUAAGUGAAAGUAAGAACGGUUGGUUUCCAGAUGACGAAGAAGAGCCUCAAGCAAGCACCCAUGCUCCUCCUGGGAGAGACACUUCCUGUCCCUUGAUAACAACAAGUGCUACAGAUUUCCACAAACACACAGAAGCGGCUACCACCGUGGAGUCAUUCAUAUUCACAACCGAGUAUCAGAUAGCAGUGGCCGGCUGCAUUCUCCUGCUCAUCAGCGUCCUCCUUCUGAGCGGGCUCACCUGGCGGCGGAGAUGGAGGAAGAGGAGAAGAACAAUCUAG